AUGUCCCGCCCCGAAGAUACCCUCGCCGCCGACGUGCACUACGACGACGUCGAAGCCCGCAAGUACACGACCUCGUCGCGCAUCCAAAACAUCCAAGCCAGCAUGACGCGCCGCGCCCUCUCCCUCCUCGACCUGCAGCGCCCCUCGCUCGUCCUCGACGUCGGCUGCGGCUCCGGCCUGUCGGGCGAGAUCCUCUCGUCGCUGGACCCGGACGAGGGCGGCCCGCACACCUGGAUCGGCAUGGACCUGUCGCCCAGCAUGCUCGACGUCGCCCUCCAGCGCGACGUCGAGGGCGACCUCAUGCUCGCCGACAUGGGCCAGGGCGUGCCCUUCCGCGCGGGCACCUUCGACGCCGCCAUCUCCAUCUCCGCCGUGCAGUGGCUCUGCAGCGCGGAGACGAGCGACACUAGCCCCGCGGGCCGCCUGUCGCGCUUCUUCAGCGGGCUCUACGCAUCGCUGCGCCGCGGCGGCCGCGCCGUCUGCCAGUUCUACCCCAAGAACGACGACCAGCGCAACAUGGUCACCCAGGCUGCCGUCAAGGCCGGUUUCGGCGCAGGCAUCCUCGAGGAUGAUCCGGGCACCAAGAACGUAAAGAUCUACCUCGUCCUCACGGCGGGCACGAGCGACGACGCCGGCGGCCGCGGCGGCGACAUCACGGGCGUCGUUGCAGGCAUGGAUGGCGUCGACGUCAUGGACGCGCGCAAGAAGCUCAAGGCCAACAACUCCAAGGCGCACAAGGGCAGCAAGGCCUGGAUCGUCAAGAAGAAAGAGCAGAUGGAGCGCAAGGGCAAGGUUGUCAAGGCGACGUCCAAGUACACCGGCCGCAAGCGCCGGCCCAACUUCUAA